CGACGGAGUUGAGAUAACUGAACUCACAAGUCGUAAUAACUCGCAACCAGUUGAGAUUUUCACAGAAAACGACAAAAAAAAAAACCUCCCAAUUCCAGAAAAAUUCCCUUCGAAUUUCCAAGUUCUAACUAUUCGCGAUUCAAUCUUCAAAAUAUUGUCGAAGGUAGAUGGAGUUCGAUAAGCCUCAAAUUUAUCACGAGAAGCAAAGAUUGCAAUUCUGCCUCUUGCACGCCCUCAAUAAUCUCUUCCAGAACCCAUGUCACUCAUUUCAGCAAAAGGAUGAGUUUACUCGAGCCAGCUUGGAUGCAAUUGCUCAGAAACUCGUUUUGGAUGAUCCAAACAAGCAGAACCGGACACCCUUUUCUAUUGUCUUCAAGCCUCAUCAUAAUUCCCUCACUGGAAACUAUGACAUAAACGUCUUGAUAGCCGCCCUUGAAGAGAAAGGUAAGACUGUAGCUUGGCAUGACCGGCGAAAUGGGGCUUCUUCAAUUCAUCUUGAUAAUCAUAGUAAUGGGUCUGAAGAUAGUAAAUUGUUUGGUAUAGUGCUUAAUGUUCAAGUUAGACGGUAUGCUGGGCUUUGGAAGAGUAGGCAUUGGGUUGCUUUGAGAAAGAUUGGCGGGGUUUGGUAUAAUUUGGACAGUGAUCUUAGUGAGCCUAUGGCUUUUCAGGAUGCUGAUGAGGUCAGGGGAUUCUUGGAUUGCAUUAUUGGUCAGGGUGGGGAAGUGUUGCUUGUCAUGAAUGAGAAAGAGUGACUUCUCUUUUCUUUUGGUUUUGAGUGGUCAUAGAACUUUGUAUACAUCAAUCUUUGUGUACUUACACUUCAAUAGCAAAACGAAAUGCAACAGUCUUUCUACAA